AUGUCCGGUGAGCUGGCCUGCCAACUUCCGGAGCCACAGGUCCUGUCGGAGCUCAGCUUCCGCAAUGCGAGCAGGAGUUUUCUCUACCACAUCGAAGCAGCUGGACUACCCAUCGCGGACGCCAAAGAAGCGCUCCACACCGCAUUCGUCUACAUAGGUGCGAAUCUGCAAUUGGUGCUGCUUGCCGACAAGCUGGGGCACGUGUGUCUACACCAGGUGACCCAUUGGGAGAGCUUCCGCUACGUAUGUCAGCAGGUUCGCGGAUCGAUUCGUGAGCUGGCGUGGAAGAUGCGAGCACGUCUGGAACUGCAAAGCAGAAGCCGGCACUUACAAGAAGCUGUGGAGAACAUCGUGCACAUGACGACAGAGCAGCUUUCAAAGUUGGCGGCCGCGGCGUGCAUGCAUCUGCCGCAGCGGCAAGCGGAUGCCAACUGCCUAGGUUUCGUGGGCUGCCACGCGCUCCAUCGUCGGCUUGCGCAAGGCUCUCGUGUUCUGGGCGUGCUCUCCCACGUGAUGCAAUCGCAGCUGGAGACGGCUUUGCUCUGGGACUUCAGCGGCAUUCCGUUUGAGGAUGCAGGAACGCUGCAGUUACCAGAGCUACCACCGGGAAUUUCGGCAGGUGAUCUUCGCAGCAAGCACGACUUGCGAGUCAGCACUUUGAGCACCUUGCUCGCUCAACUCAGGGCGGCAAGCUCGCCGCAACUGCGCAUGGUGGAGAUUGGUGUCCACCACGGCAAGGCUGCCGCAGGGCUACUGCGGCGGCACCCUUCACUUCAGUACCUCGGAGUAGACCCCUACACCGGGCACUACGAGAACAGUCGAGCCCAGCGGGGCUCUGGCGAGUUCGGGGACACGGCAAACUUCCGGCGCACAUCAGCAAGGUUGCGGCGCUUCGGACACCGCGCCAGAUUGUGCCGGCGGCACUCGCGACAUGUGGCUCGUGUCGGGGCAAUGCGAGCCUGCCAGGUUCGGGUUCGGCAGCUGUGA